AUGGCACUCUUCUGGUUGAUUAUCCUGGCGAUCUUCUUUACCGUCGACGCCGAACCUGCACCAAAUUAUCCGCUGAACGCUCAGAUACCUCCCGUGGCUCGUGUUUCGAAGCCGUAUCGGUUCAUUUUCGCCGAAGGCACAUUUGCUAAUGGUGCCCCGGACACAGAAUACUCGCUCUCAGAUGCGCCUUCAUGGUUAAAAGUGGACAGCAAGAGUCGUUCCUUGUCGGGAACCCCUCAAUCCGGAGAUGUUGGAUCCCAGAAAUUUGAUCUUGUUGCGUCGGAUUCAGCGGGGUCCGCUAGUAUGGAAGUCACCUUGUUUGUAUCAGAAGAUGAAGGCCCGAAGCCCGGCAAGCCCCUCCUUCCACAGCUCGAGAAGAUCGGCGCUACCUCGGCUCCAUCGACAAUUUUUGUGCAUGCUGGGGACUCGUUCUCCAUUUCCUUCGACCCCGAAACCUUCACAAACACACUCCCUGACACCAUAUACUAUGGAACUUCCCCGGAUAACUCCCCAUUACCAUCCUGGAUGGAGUUUGACGAAUCUUCGCUUAAGUUCACUGGCACUAGUCCCACGGUUGGGCCGCAGACAUUUACCUUCCAUCUCGUCGCAUCAGACGUGGUUGGCUUCAGCGCUGCCACUCUGACCUUUCAGAUGACCAUCAGUCCGCACAUAUUGUCCUUCAAUGAGAGUUACCAAACUUUCCAACUCACACCAGGAAAAAAGUUCACCAGUCCUCGGUUUUAUGACAUGUUGACGUUGGACGGCGAGGAGCCCGCAAGCGAAGACCUGGACAAAAUUGACGUGAAAUCGCCGAAUUGGCUGACUUUGGAUAAGGAUUCCAUCUCUCUUAGUGGCACGCCCCCAGAUGAUGCAGUAAAUGAGAAUGUAACCAUUUCCGUUACAGAUACUCAUCAGGAUGUCACGGAUCUCAUUGUUAGAUUGGAGUUCCCACAAUCAUCACUGUUUGUCAGUGAUCCGAAGGAUUGCGAUGCAAACAUAGGAGAGGACUUUGAAUGUGUUUUUGACCAUUCAGUCUUGACUGAUGACGGUGUUCAGCUCGAGGUCCAUUUGGGACAGCAAAUCUCCUCGUGGUCACAAUACAACCCAGAAACUAAGACGCUUUCCGGACACGUUCCUGAAGAUGCAAGCCCCCAGAAAAUCGAUAUUGAUCUGACAGCAAGUAAAGGCUCUGAUGAGCAUACUGAAACGUUUACUAUCAAUAUCGCUGAAGCGGGCCACCAUGAAAAGAAUAGUGAUGAUGACGACAACCCUGGCAGCGGUGGUAUACAUGAGAAGAAGGCUGGAAUAAUUGCAAUUUCUGUCGUUAUCCCCCUCGUUUUCCUCAGCAGCGUCAUUCUCUUCCUGUGUUGUGCGCGACGAAAGCACAAGAACAAAGCAGCUGCAAACGAAGAAGGGCAGUUCCCUCCAGAAAAACCACCUCUUCCACGACCGAGCGGUCCCGAUCUACCACGCUGCCAACCGUAUGAAGACACAGCCUCGAUUCAUCAGCCAGAAAUCACCUCUCAACCCCCAAAGUUGGAGCUGUACUUGAACUCAGGCGCAUUUGGGAAGAAAGACCAGACGGACAAUGAGGCAAACAAAGAAAAUAACUUCUCGCGCUCUGCCAUCGAGUGGGAUUUCCCUCCAUUGAAAAUCCCCGAGCCCAGCGAAGACAAGCACGUUGCGGAGGCUCCUCAGAACAAGCGCCUUUCUUUUCAGACCAGCCCAUCUGUUCGCAGGCAAACUUCACAGUCCAAGAGACGAGAGCCUCUCAAACCGAUUCAACCAAGAAGGUCACUGAAGCGAAAUUCAGCGAUGUCAUCAAGGUCGAAGCGACACUCGAAGCGGUCCAGUGGCAUUUCAUCCGUAGCUUCAGGCCUACCAAUUAGAUACAGCGGCGCGGGCCAUGGAGCGGGUGGUUUUGGCCCCCCCGGACAUGGAGUGGUACGAAUGUCAUGGCAGAAUACACACGCAUCGCUACAGAGCGAAGAGAGCCAGCUGGGGAAUUUGGCACCAUUAUUUCCUCGCCCUCCACCUCGGGCAAGGGACAGCUUCCAGAAACGGACGAGUCUGAGGGCUGUAGAGCCAGAUAUCUCCGAGUCUAAUUCGUUGGAUGCCUUCGUUUACGGUCGGGCAAAGAGUCGAAACUCUUCGAACCCCAUGUUCUCAGGCCAAACCAACCGGCGGAGGUCUUCUGGUGUCCGUGCUUUGGAAAGAGCUCGAAGCACGGCUAGUCGGGGAGAUACAAUUUCCAUAUACACUGAUGAUUGUAAUGGACAGCCAAUCCAAGACCGCCCCUACUCGGUGGCCAACUCUUCCAAUUAUGCUGAUGACAAUCGUCAAUCCACCUACCUCCGACCCUUGUCACAAAUUUCAAGCAUGCAGCCCUCGGUGGCUCCUUUUACCAGAGAACAAAGUCAAUCCAGCCUUGCACAAAAUUACAGGGAUAUAAUUACGCCGCUUCCUCGAGUUUUCAGCGAAACGAGCGAAGCUAGCGCACGGCCAUUUGACUUUGGUGAUAUGCGUGGAAGUCCUGACAAUUACAGCAACCUCGCACAUCAAGACAAUGGUGGUCAGCGUCGCUGGUACCAGGGAACCCCAUAUCCACAGACCGAUGCGUCGGCUACUCACCGUCAGAACUCAUUGAGGAAAAGUCCAUCACUGUCAUCUAUUCCCAUAGAAGGCAAGGGACAGCGGCUGAGUUUGGUGCGGUUUGCGGACAAGGAGAAUGAGCCCAUGAGUGAAACGGGCUAUCAAUGGCAGAAUCACACUCGUCGGCCGCUCAGCAUGCAAAGCCAUAAUGGCUUGCCACGGGACAUCUCUGGGGGUGCCUUUGUUUAG